CUUGGUUCGUUGUUAAUCAUUUCCAUUCUCCGUCAAACCACAAAACGCAGCACGCAGAUUGAGGUGUGAAUGGCGUCGGCACUCGUGCGAUCUGCUCUUCUCCGAACCACCCUCCGCGGCGGCGCUCGCGGUGGCUCUCUCACUCCCAAGCGAAACUUCUCUUCCUCUGGUGGUCACGAUGAUGCAUAUGAGACGGCGAAAUGGGAGAAGAUCACAUAUCUAGGCAUUGCUUCGUGCACUGCUUUAGCUGCUUAUUGUCUAUCAAAGGGUCAUCCACACUAUGAGGAGCCUCCGGCAUACCCAUAUUUGCAUAUCCGCAACAAGGAAUUCCCAUGGGGUCCUGAUGGGCUAUUUGAAACCAAGCACGAGCACCACUAGGAGUAUUAGUGGUUUUAUGAUGGUAGUUUGACACACCAAUGUUCAUUCCUUUUCUCGAAGUUUAAGAAAUAGUUAUCAUCACUGUUUCAUAUUGUUUAUUGAAAUGUGGUGUAGAACUUGCACUUGGCAAAGGUGGCUUUGUCAUGUUCUUUGACAGGAUUGGUACCUGUGAUUUUACUCCUAUCAUUUUUAUGUUGUGUUCUUUCUCAUGGUUGAAGUGAAAUAAAAUUGUUAAACAAUA